CAAAAAUUCCCAUUAGAAUCAUGAAGUGAACCCCAUAUAAAUCCAAAACAAACUUCGUCUUGGACCCCAUCUCUGCUGUGUUUGCCUCUCUCCUCCGAACCAAAUUCGCCUUUCGCUUCUCAGCUUCCUUGGUGAAAUGGAGAACCCAGUAGCGGAUCAGCUUCCCGAUGCGCAUUCGUUGCCUGAUGGGUUUGUUGAUAGCUCUGCGGAGCCAUUGGCCCAAGAAAAGCCAUUGAUUGAUUAUAAGGAGGAGAAAUUAGUAGAAUUAGAUUCUAGACCUGAAUUAGUAGUUGUAGUGAAUGAGGGAAAAACUGAAAAGAGUGAGAAAUCGAGAAGAUUUCCUGUCCCAUUAUCUGAAAAUGAUGGUAGUGAUGCUUCCAAGGAGUUGGAAUUGCCCAUUGAAGGCUGGUCAGAGCGGAGUGAUUGUACAUCAGCAAUGCCUGAAUUGAGGGAGUCGGACGAGAAAUGUCAAAGUUCAGAGAAAGCAAUUGAAGGAACCUUAGAGACACAAGCAGCCCACAUGAAGGAAACAUCUUCAACUGAAAAUGCCGAGAACAAUGUAAAAAUAGAAACCUCCAAAGUAAAACGUAAGAACACAAAGCGUACCUGUAAAUCUGAAAAGGAGUUUCUAGAGUUCACUUUGAAAUAUCAACAAGUUCUUGCGGAAAGAGAUACAGCCAUCACUGUUCGAGAUAAACUCGAGUCAUUGUGCCGGGAGUUACAACGUCAGAACAAAAUGCUAAUGGAUGAAUGCAAGCGGGUAUCAACGGAGGGGCAAAACUUGAGAUUAGAUCUAUCAAGCAAGUUCCGCGACGCAAUUAAGGAAGUAAGCAAUAAGCUGGAAGAGCAAAAAGGUGAUUCUAUGUCUCAAUUGAAGGAGAAUGAGAUAAUAAUACGCAAAUUCUUCAAGUUCAGGUUAAGAAGUAAUUUGAAGCAGCUUGCUGAUCAGUAUGCUCUUUCCGAAGAGCAAUAUGAACAGAAGUUGAAGCAGAAAACACUGGAACUCCAGCUUGCUGAUUUGAAAAUGCAGCAACAAGGGGAGAAAUUGCUCCAGGAACAGUCCCAGAUGAUGUUAUAUGCAGAACAGGUGUCACAAUUAUUGGCAACUGAAAAGAAUUUGCGCUUACAGUUAACAGCUGAUGGAGAAAAAUUCCAACAAUUCCAGGAUGCUCUGGUAAAUAGUAAUGAGGUCUUUGAAACAUUCAAGCAAGAGAUUGACAAGAUGGCAAAAUCAAUAAAGGAACUCAGAAAGGAGAACACCUUCCUGAAGAGCAAAUGUGAGAAAUCAGACAUUACUCUGGUAGAACUUGUCGAGGAGCGCGAACACUUGAAGAAACAACUGGAGAAAACUAGGAAUCAGAAGGAAAAGCUUGAAUCACUGUGCCGGUCACUUCAAGAAGAAAGGAAGCAAAAUUCCAUUGUGGGAGAACAAACAACUCUGAUUCAGUAGCAGUUUUUGAAUUCAGAAAGAUGGGUAACGUAAGGGUUUUUGGGAGUCCUCUAUUUUCGUUUAUACCGAACUCUUUGGUUUUGGCUAUGGCUUCCCUAAUAACAAAAGCCGUCGAUGAUACUGACUGUAUCAAAUAUAAAUGUACAAGCAUUUUUGGCAUAAGUUUUCAUUUAUUUAUUUUGCAUAUUUAUCCAAUCCAUAUUGCUGUGGUGGAUUUGAAAAUGAGGUUAAGACAGUAUAUCAAUUGGUGCACUUUUAUCAAUCCACCAUUUAUAUAUGGUGGAAGUUUUAACUAAGGAUUGACUGAGCAAUAAAGAUUUGAGAAUAAAAUUUAAGAUUUCAAGUUCGAGUCA